AUGAACAAGACAAGUAGAGUAACAGACCCACGAACGAGAGAGACAAAGAACCAAAGAUUUAGAGAACAAAAGAGCCAGAGAAUCAGAGAGUUAGGGAAUCAAAGAGCCAAAGAACCAGAGAGCCAAGGAACCAGAGAGCCAAAGAGCCCGAGAACUAGAGAGCCAGUGAAACCGAGAGCCAGUGAAACUGAGAGCCAAAGAGCCAGAGAAGAGACCGAGAGCCCGAGAACGAGAGAGACCGAGAGCCAGAGAGCCAGAGAGACCGAGAGCCAGAGAAACCGAGAGCCAGAGAGACCGAGGGUCAGAGAGACCGUGAGACCGAGAGCCAGAGAGACCGAGAGACCGAGAGCCAGAGAGACCGAGAGCCAGAGAGACCGAGAGCCAGAGAGACCGAGGGUCAGAGAGACCGUGAGACCGAGAGCCAGAGAGACCGAGGGUCAGAGAGACCGUGAGACCGAGAGCCAGAGAGACCGAGAGCCAGAGAGACCGAGGGUCAGAGAGACCGAGAGCCAGAGAGCCAGAGAGCGAGCCGCUUGGAGCUCAUCAAUAUUCAGGUGUUCGCCUGGCAUCAGGGUCAAGUUCGUGUGCCCCUCACAGUUUGCCUUGGUAUAUUGGGAAGUUACGAGCCAUGGUAGAGUAAGAGCUCCCUAUGGCAACGGCUACUCUUGGCAGGCUUCAAGUAACGUGGCUGCCAACCGUUCUGCUGCUCCAUACAGUCUUUUUUAA